UAUGGCCGUCUUUGUAAAACCGCAGGACCACAUGGGCGGCAAGAACGGCCUAGCUAGCUACGCCCUCUAUAAAUACGCCUCACCACAUGACCUUAUCUCAGAAUCUGUUGGCGCUCACUCUCCUCCUCCUCCUCCUCCUCCUCCUCUAACCAACAAGAUGGUUCACCGGCCGGCUGCAGCCGAUCAGGAGGCGGGGCGGCUCCAGCAGGACCGGGCGGCGGCGAGAGGCGGGAGGCGUCAGCAGCAGCAGGCGCAGGAGCUGAUGCUGCGGCGGCUGCUGCCGUGCAACAAGGGGAAGGCGUGCCGGUUCAAGCGCACCUGCUUCAGCGAGGAGGAGGACGCCGCCUCCUCCGCCAUGCUGCUCCUCGCCUGCGUCGUCUUCGCCCCCUCUCUUUGAUGACGAUUAGUUACCGCUACCGCUAGUUGAUCAUGUGGAGUAGUAACUGUGGAGAUUAUUAGGGCGAUUAAUUAUAAUUUCCUAUCAUGUGAUGCGUUUCAGUGUGUACCCAAGAUGUUCAGUUUGUAGUGUCUCCCCCCAUGUGUGGUACGGCAGAUAAUUUGGUGUUUUGGUUAGUAUUGCAGGAUUUCUUCACCUGUGCUUAAUCACUGUUAAAUGGUGCUCAACUAAAACCAUUUUAAUUAAAAGUGGAGUUAAUUA